AUGGCGCAGAUCAACUCCGCACGAUCACUCUACCAUGAAUGUCAGAACCACGGCCAAUGCGGAAAGCACACACUCAAUAACCUGCUACAAGGACCUGUCUAUUCAAUAGCAGACCUGGACGUCAUUGCAGAAGACCUCCGCAAGAUUGCUCAAGAGAGUUUGCAAAUGACUAUUUGGAAGAACCCAUAUAAGAGCCCCAUGUAA